GGCGUCAUCAACCGACCCACCCUGCUGGACGAGGAAGUGAAAGAGCGACAGAGACGGAGACAGCGCUGAACGGAGCGUGGACGCGGAUAUAAAGACACGGAUGCGACUCUUCAUAAUGGGAUCUUGUGCCUUUCUGAUCAAAUCACAAGCUCCUCUUGGUCAGAGAUGGGUCUUGUGACUAUAUCUACAGGCAUCCUGCCUAACAUCUUUAUGAGAUUUUCUAAGCAGCUGUAAUACACUAGUACACACACACAUACACACACACACACACACAUACACAUACACAUAUAAGCAUGGCACCAGUCCCACCUGGUAUCCGCUUCUUGACAUCCUUCAAUAGGGACCAGUGGUACAGGGCCUUCACGUUUGGUCUCACGUUCCUGCUCUACACAAGCUUCCAUCUGUCCAGGAAGCCCAUCAGCAUUGUCAAGAGUGAGCUGCAUAAGAACUGCUCUCAUGUGAUGGAGGCGUCUACAGAGAGCAGCAGCAGUCAGCAGCCUGUACUCCACCCAGAACUAGACUGCAGCUGGAAACCUUUCGACAGAAAUAACUAUAAGCAGCUGCUUGGAGCAAUGGAUUACUCUUUCCUGUGUGCUUACGCCAUAGGCAUGUAUCUCAGUGGAAUAAUUGGAGAGCGUUUGCCCAUUCGCCUGUACCUGACUGUGGGCAUGUUGACCAGUGGGCUUUUCACCUGUCUGUUUGGACUGGGAUACGUCUAUGACAUCCAUAAGCUUCAUAAAAACUGGAAUGGUGUGAAUGGACAUAAAGACCUUUACUUGCAGUACAAGCCAGGAGCUAAAGCACAGAGCUGGGACACGGAGCUUCUGCUGGGACAGGAGAGUAUUGGAGUGUGUGUUCCUGUACAGCAGGUGGUCGUGGUGAAGAGCGAGGCCGAACCGUCAGCCAUCAGCUUCAUGGGAGCUCUGCGCAUUCCUGGAGUGGUGGAGUUCUCUCUUUGUCUGCUGUUUGCCAAAUUGGUCAGUUAUACCUUCCUCUUCUGGCUGCCCCUCUAUAUCACUAAAGCAGCUCACCUUGAUGCCAAGAAAGCUGGAGACCUUUCAACUCUGUUUGAUGUGGGAGGCAUUGUUGGAGGGAUCCUGGCUGGAGUGCUCUCUGAUAAGUUGGGAAAGAGGGCCACCACUUGUGCUGUGAUGCUUCUGCUGGCUGCGCCCACACUCUACGGCUUCUCUAUGAUGAGUCAGUUUGGCUUUGGUCCCACUAUUGGCAUGCUGCUGGUGUGUGGUGGUUUAGUCAACGGACCGUACUCUCUCAUCACAACCGCUGUCUCUGCUGACUUGGGCACACACAAGAGUCUGAAGGGCAAUGCUAGGGCUCUGUCUACAGUGACAGCUAUUAUAGACGGCACUGGAUCUGUUGGUGCUGCUGUGGGACCUUUGUUGGCAGGGCUGCUGUCAGCACGAGGCUGGGAUCAGGUCUUUUACAUGCUCAUGACUGCAGACUUUUUAGCACUGCUGCUUUUACUGAGACUUGUGAUGAAGGAGCAUCGCUCUCAUAGGAACCGGCCAGGAGUUGCUGUCGAACUGAAGGAACAUUGAGCACUUUGCACCGGAUAUAAAUGUUCAUCUCUGACCACUUCCUACCCUGGACCAAAACUUGACUGAAACCUGUGCUUAGUCCUCUGUUUUAGAAAAUGGACUGUGCACAGAGACAUUUUAUUCCUUUUUUCAGAUGAGAAAUCAUCAGUUUAGGGCGAAGCGACUUGUCUUUAGUUCAUCAGUCUGGACCUGCAGCUCUGCCUGGGUUUGUCCUUUGGUUGUACCCAAACAAAUGAACAUGACUCAAUGUGAGAUCAAGCCUAAAUAUCCCUCCAGUUAAAUAAUGCACAAUUGCACAACCAAAAGUAGCCUCCCUUUGCUGCUAACAAGGGGAAUUUAAAAUAAAUGCAGUAUAAUUUCUACUUCUAGUUCCCUGCCGGGCACACAGCGCCUUCAUUAAACACGCAGAACAAAUGUUCCCGUAGAUAGUUCAUAAAUCCACUCUUGCAUGAAUUGUCACAUCGAAUUGAACACGGCAAUUUAUGUAAGAAUGAUUUACACUGAAAUUUGUUCUGCUCGUGUUUCAUAAACGAGGCCCGUAGAACGCAUAGCCGAUGGUCAGUUUAUGUAUAUAAUAUAUGCCUUUCUAUAAACCAAAGCCAAUCUUGUUAGUUGUUGAGAAAUUGUAUGUUAUAUUUGGACUGUUUUCUGUGUCUUUCUGUGGUGACGUUGACGGUUCUUAUCCUGUGUUUGUAUAUAGGGGAUCCACUAGCCAAUUAUGACAAAUUAUUUUCUUUUAUUUAAUUUCAUAUUUAUUUAUUUUUUCACUGCUGGCCUGUGACUUAAUGAAUAAACAUUGUGUUUUGAGUCGGUAUGAAUGGAGGUUAGCAUUAGUUUUUAUCUAACCACUAUUUACUAUACAUUCAUAUACAAACAGAGUUCAAGCUGUUCUAUAUUAACAAUAGAAGAUAUAUAAACAUCAUGAUUUGUUUUCUCUGUAGGAUGCAGUAUUAGAAUUUCUAAUACUGUUUCUAUUUCCAGGUUUAAAAUGUUCACACUAAGCUCAGUCUGUACAAUUUAAAUCUGUGAGCAAACCCAAAGCGUCUCCUUGACUGUAAUUGUAUGUGCGCAUUUAGGACCCGCACCUGCCUCUGCAGCUAUAAAUAUUUAAAGUGUCUAUUUGAAUGUUCAGGUUACUGUAGGAUUGUGUCGUUCUGCAGAGCUAGAGGCACAUGUAGAUGUCUGGACCUCUUAUGUAAUCAUACGUGUAGCACGUGUGCAUUUGCCCUUAUAGGACGACGUAAUCUAGGUAAAUGAAUGUAUCUGUAUAAUUUAUGGGUAGAACCCUGGUGUAAUGAGAGAACAUACAUUGUGCCUUCUUUCUAUUUGUGUUUUUGUAUAGGGAUACGUCUUUGGAGUGUUCAUUUUUAAGUUAUUAUCAGCACCUUUACAGACUCCUGGUACAAAUAGAGGUUUGGGAAUUAGCUGUACUGUGUUGCUGUGUGUACAAAGAGGACAUUUUGAAUAAAGCAAAUACAAAAGA